AUGAAGUACAUUUUGACUCUUGCUCUCCUCGCGGCGCCUUUUGUGACUGCCCAGCAUGCCAGCACCCUCGACGGAAAGGCCAAGGCCAAGGGCAAGUACUUCGGCACAGCCACUGAUGCCGGACUUCUCUCCAGCAGCUCGAACUCGAACAUCAUCAAGACCGAGUUCGGCCAGGUCAGCCCCGAGAACUCCAUGAAGUGGGAUGCCACCGAGCCCUCGCAGAAUAGCUUCAGCUUCGGCAACGCCGAUACCUUGGUCAGCUUUGCGCAGACAAACGGAAAGACCGUCCGUGGUCACACUCUUGUGUGGCACAGCCAGCUGCCCAGCUGGGUCAGCGCCAUCACCUCUGCUACCACUCUUACGAGCGUGAUGCAGAACCACAUUGCCACGCUCGCCGGACGCUUCAAGGGCAAGAUCUAUGCCUGGGACGUCGUCAACGAGGUCUUCGAGGAGAACGGAACCUUCAGGAACUCGGUCUUUUACAAGCUUCUCGGUGAGCAAUUCAUCGACAUUGCGUUCAAGGCUGCCGCUGCCGCCGACCCGUCCGCAAAGCUUUGCAUCAACGACUACAACCUUGACGGACCCGGCUCCAAGAUCGAUGCUCUGAUUGCCCUCGUCGGCCGCCUGCAGAGCCGUGGAGUCCCGAUUCACUGUAUCGGCUCGCAGUCCCAUCUCAUUCUUGGACAGGUCGGAGGUGUCAAGGCCCAGCUGCAGCGUCUGGCCGACACUGGUCUCGAUGUCAUGAUCACCGAGCUCGACAUCAGAAUCCCCCUGUCCGUCACCACUGCCAAGCUCGCCCAGCAGCAGACCGACUUCCAGACCGUCGUCUCUGCCUGCACGAGCAUCACCAAGUGCCUUGGUGUCACCGUCUGGGGUGUCAGCGACAAGGACUCUUGGGUUGACAGCACCUUCCCCACCUACGAUUCGCCUCUCCUGUGGGACGACAACUUCGCCAAGAAGCCCGCCUACACCGGUGCGUUGGCCGGUAUCUAA